CAAGAAUUAAGAGAAGAUUCAUCACAUUAGAGAAAGAAUCAAACGAAACACUCAAUACAAAAUGUUACAAUUGGCUCGUGAUCCGAUUCUACGUUUCACUACACUGUUGAUUCUCAUCACCACAUUCUAUUACGAAACCGAAGCAAGACUACAUCUUCACAACGACAAAAACAAUCCCAACUCAAAACCAGAGCCACCGUCUUCGUCCAUUUCUCAAUCUCAGCCUCCUUCUCUCUCUCCAAACCCUAACGACCUGUCACAGUCUCCAUCUCCGUCCCAAGAUCCCGACCAUGAAGUAGUCUUCGACGUGAGAAACUUUGGUGCAGUCGGUGAUGGUAUCACAGACGACACUGAAUCCUUCAAGGCUGCUUGGGAUUCAGCAUGUAGCAACGACAUCAACAACACUGUCUCCCUCUUGCUUGUGCCUUACGGUUUCACUUUCAUGAUCCAUUCCACCAUUUUCACCGGUCCUUGUCGCUCUUACCAACACUUUCAAGUGGAUGGGACCAUCGUGCCACGGGAUGGACCAGAGUCGUGGCCAAGCGGUUUCAACAAAAGACAAUGGCUCGUUUUUUAUAGAAUCAACGGAAUGGCUUUAAUAGGCGUCGGAGUUAUUGAUGGCCGUGGACAAAAUUGGUGGGAUCUUCCAUGCAAACCUCACCGGAAAGCCAACAAAACGACUGCACUUACUGGUCCAUGCGAAAGCCCUGCGGCUUUGAGGUUCUUCAUGAGCUCGAAUGUAACUGUGAAAGGUGUGAGUAUAAAGAACAGCCCGCAAGUUCACCUCAAAUUCGACGGCUGUCAUGAAGUUCACGUCAACUCCCUUCGAAUCACAUCUCCGCCGUUAAGUCCCAACACUGAUGGCAUCCACAUCGAGAACUCCAACUCCGUUGAGAUUUACAACUCCGUUAUCUCCAACGGAGAUGAUUGUGUCUCAAUAGGAUCCGGAUCAUACAAUAUCGAUAUACGGAAUCUCACGUGUGGACCAGGAGGGCAUGGAAUUAGCAUUGGAAGUUUAGGCAACCAAAACUCACGUGCAUGCGUCUCCAACGUUACAGUUAGAGACUCGGUCAUAAAAUUUUCCGACAAUGGCGUACGGAUUAAGACAUGGCAAGGUGGAUCCGGGUCCGUUUCCGGUGUAACAUUCGACAAUAUCCAAGUGGAAACUGUUCGAAAUCCGAUAAUGAUCGAUCAAUACUACUGCACGAAUACGAAUUGCCCUAACAAAACAUCUGCUGUUUUCGUGUAUGACAUAGUAUAUCAAAGUAUAAAAGGAACAUACGAUGUUCGGAGUCCUCCUAUGCAUUUGGGAUGUAGCAACAGUGUCCCGUGCAUAAACUUAACACUUUCGGAUAUUGAAUUGGUGCCUUCAAAAGACGAAAUCGCUGUGGAUCCCUUCUGUUGGAAUGCGUAUGGGAUCACGGAUGACUUCUCUGUUCCUUCGAUCUCGUGUCUCAAAUCGAAUCCUUCGACUUUAUUGUUAGGUGGUCUGUUAGGAAAAUGUGGAGUACCA